UCGCAGUUUUUUUGGUCGAUUGGCGCUGCCCCAUGCACAGUUUACAGUCAGCUUCAGAUUCAAAUUGAAAUUGAAAUCGUUCGUGCGCUGUUCGCGUAGCUCCGUCAAUCACUUUUUUUUAUAUACAUAAAUUUAAAAAUUUGUUUUUGCACUUGCUAGUGUUGUCUUUUUUUUUAUUGUUGUUGUUGUUUACGCCCCAGAAAACUGCUGGUGUGAUUUUUACUGCACUGUCGCUAACUAAUUGUAAUUGUUAUUAAAAAAUAUAUAGAAGUAAAAAGAGAGACAUCAGUAUCAUCGCUAUCUCGCUUGCCCAUCGAAGACCAACAAGUGCGCGUUGCCAAUUGCAUUGCGGAUUCUGUGUGCGUCUGUGCCAAUCUCUCUGUGUGAAAGUGUGCGUGUUUUGUUGUUGUUUUGCCUGUGACAAAGUGCGUUCAACCAAUUGAAAGUGAAUUACAAGUCAAAAUAGAUUUUAAAAACAACAAAAUCUACAGUGAAAAAACAAACAGACAGCAAAGUUUUAAAGUAGAACAAUUCAAAAUAUUUGCACUAAAAUAACGAAACAGCUGUCGAAAACCAAAACAGGCAGCGAGCGGGCAGCGAAGUCAACGGUGACAGAGCGGCAGUGUUAUUGUUGCUCUCUUUAAGCGCUCUCUCCCACUCUCUCUAUCUCUCUUUUAUUUUGGACUGCGUGUAGGCGGCGCAACUGCAACUGCAUUUGAAUUUGCAUUUUAUUUUGUAUAAAUUUGGGUUAAAUUCAACAGCAACAACAACAAGCAAAAUGACCGAUUUAAAUGAACUGAUGGGUUCGCCAUUUGUGCGCGUUAAGGUCGUUGCCUUUGUGCAUUUCAUAUUCAUAUCGAAUGCUAUGCUAGGCAGCUGGGGACAUGGAGCCUACGAGUUCUACAACUUCCUCUUUAUCAUAGCCAUGUUCUGGACCAUACACGCCAAGGAAUCCAUUGAGGCGGUUCAAACGGCGCUUGUGAUCAAUGGUUGUAGCAUAUUCUUUGAUAUAGUCUGCAUAGUUAAUGGUUGGCAUGGCAUGAAUGGCUGGGCGGUGGCAUUUAGCAUUAUCAAUCUGAUAUUACGUCCGGUGAGCGUGGCAUUGCUCUACCGUGAAUUCAAUGCCCGUGGUGGGAGUUUGCAGGGUGGUUCCGUAUUCCCCAGCACACAGCAACAGCGCAGUUAUCAGGACAUUGAUCGUCCCACACAACCGACACCGACAAAUUCGCAGCCAGGACCAAAUGUGGCCAGCAUUUUCUAGGGAAACUCACAGCAUGGCAAAACGGCGACUUGUAAUACCCUUCCAAGUACCUAAAACACACACAAAAAACUAACUAAAAAUAACAAACCCAAAAAAAGAACACGUUAGAAAGACCCUAAAAUUAAUAGUUAACAAACUGAAAACAAAGAAAAAUCUAUAUAUUUUUUUUUGUGUCGUUUUUUUUUUUUUUGUUUGUUAUAAAAUAAUAGUAUAAACUAAGCGUAACGAAAAAUUGUAGUUAUUGUUUUGAGCUAUAAAUAAAUAAAGACAACCAAGAACGUUGACAAUUUAUAUUAUUAUAUAUAUAUAUAUAUAUAUUUAUAUGUAUUUAUAACAAAAUAUAUAAGAACAUAACGCCUACUACUAAAUAUCUAUGUAAACCUAACAUCAUGCAAGCAUAUUUUAUAAUAAUAAUAAUAAUAAAAAAAAGGGCGUUCCAUUUAUAUGUGCUCUGUCUUGUCAGUGUAUCUGUGUAUCUUGUAUCUUUUAUCUGUAUAUCCGUUGUGUCGCAUUUCUAAGUAGUUCAAAUAAAUAAUUGAAA